AUGGACCGGCCCAAGCCCAAGCGAGCAGCACGCCGUGCCCAAGUAACGAGGAUAGUCAACGAGGUCAUCGACCUUCGACAGAAUCUCAGCGUAAAUAGGACCACGUUGAAUGGACUACUGGCUCGAUUGGAAGUGGCCGAUCGGGAACUCCGAAAGGUGAAUGAGGAGAUUGAAGUCUACAUCAAGGAGGACGAACUCGCAACGGAAUACGAAACCAUGUUUAGUUAUGAGGAACAGGCGGCCAAUGCCAUGGCCGAGGUGCAAACCCGUCUAGCCGACCUUCACUCCGUGGAACAGCAGGUAACUUCGGUGACCUCAGAGGCUCUUUUGCCUGCCACGCCACGAGCCAGCGAGCAAGCUCCGGCAGGCGUCAAGCUCCCAAAGCUGCAACUGAUGACUUACGGGGGCGAGCUCACCCAAUGGCAGAUGUUCUGGGAGCAAUUUCGCACUGCGGUGCAUGACAACCGGCGACUCAACAAGACUGAGAAGUUUCAGUACUUGACCACUUUGCUGAAAGGCCGAGCUGCAGCCGCCAUCCGUGGGUUGCAGGCAACUGCUAGCAACUAUGACGACGCCAUCGAGAUCCUGGUACAGCGUUUUGGAGAUACGUAUCAGAUUGAGCGAGAGUAUCUGGCCAAGCUACGAACUUUGCCAGGGGUAAAGUCCCGAAGAGAUCCGUCAGGGCUCCGACGUCUGUACGACCACGUUCAAGCCAAUGUUCGUGGCCUGAAAGCCCUGGGUGUAAUGACAAGCAGCUACGCACCAAUGUUGGCGGACAUCCUUCUGUCCGCGAUCCCUUCGGAAAUGGUUGUCGAGUAUCACAGGACCGUGCGGUAUGGAACGACUGCCCUCCGCGACACUACAGCCGUUCAGAGCGCGACGGCCACACCGGAAGCUCAAGUUGCUACGGCCGAGGGAGGGACAGAUGAGUUGACUAAGGUUCUCAACUUCAUUGCAAUCGAAGACCAAUCGACGAAUCGGUGCACCAGAAGAGGACAUCGUUCAAGGUACUGUCGCGCCAAGGUGACCUGCAGCAGUUGUGGCAGCAGGCACGUUGCCGUAGUCUGCGACCCGUCGCGAUCACAACCUGGACGUGCUUCUGACGCCGUGGUGAUGACCAGUGUGAUGGCAGUGAGCAACCAGAUCAUAAGUAACAAAGACAAGCGACCUCAUGACACGGAGGUACUACUACAAACUUUUCGGGCUUGGGCUUCAUCUGACACUGCGUGUACCCAGCUACGAGGGGUGGUGGACGGAGGGAGUCAAAAAACGUUCAUUCGAGAGGAUAUUGCGCAAAAGCUCAAGUUACAAGUUGUUGGUGAGGCGAAACUACACAUCCACACCUUCGCAAACCAAGCCACAACCACCAAAGUCCACCUGGGGAGAGUAGUAGAAGUGCACCUGCGAAGCCAGUACAGUCCACUUGACUACGUGAUACGUGCAGUCACUAUCCCGUUCAUCUGCCAGGAUCUUCCCGAAGUGCCUACCACUCAGCAGUUUGUGGAAUUGUUACGACGAGAAGGACAUCUAAUUGCAGACGACGUUCUAUUCCCAAGCGUGAACUGUGAAGCAGGCAUAGGUCUACUGGUUGGCAGCGACGAAUUGUGGAGACUCUUAACAGGAGACGUGAAGAGGGACAAACAGGACGACAGAUUGGUAGCCAUUGAUACGGUCUUUGGCUGGACCUUCCAAGGACCCUCUCGUCUCGGCAGUGAGUGCACGGAACGAUCGACAACAGCCGUGUGCGUCCUAAGGAUGGGAUGCACAGCCGAAGAACAAGACGUGAUAAAAAAACUUCUGGGAGUUGGAUAG